AUGCCCUCACACUCGCCAGUAGUCUUCGGCCAGUUGAGCGUAUAUCAGAUAUUGACUAUCUUAGUAGAGUAUUUAUACAAGUCAAAAGUUUGUGUGAGUGGUGAUUUAUACAAGUCAAAGGGUCUGAUCCGUUCACACCCCAAUGUGCUGGAUCUGCUCAAGACUGUGCACGCGGGAGAUGAUGUCAAGGGCUUUACGAAACAGGUCAAACUGUUGGUGAGACAUGCCACAGCCAACACAUCACGCUCACUCGCAAUGGCGGUCACCAGACAGAGAUUCACGUCCAAUAAGCUUGCCUACUACGAGUCGCAGAUGGCGCGUCUGGCCGCCAACUUUGCCAUCACGUCGGAUAUGGCCAUGUCCAUCGGAGGACAAUUGAAGUUUGCCGAGUUUAUCAGUGGUAGGUAUGCCGAUGUGCUCUCUAACCUAUAUUUGGGAUAUGCCAAUCUGUGGUACUAUAAGAACUACUACGCCGAGGGCCACGAUGAGCUGUUGACUGUGUCUAUGGAGCAGAUCUUGUACGAUACCCAGAACUCCAUCUACGACAUCAGCAACAACUUCCCCAUCCGUCCCGUCGGUUGGGCUAUGAAGGCCAUCACGUUCCCCUUCGGCAAGUGCUAUAGCGCACCCACUGAUGACAUGCGCAGAGCGGCUGCCAGCACCAUCACUACCCCGACCGAAGUGCGAGACCAGUUCAAGCAAAAUAUGUUCAUCUCCAAAACCCCCGAGGAUCGUCUAGCCAUGCUUGAGGAGGCUUUCCCCCUGGCCAUACAGGCCGAUGACAUUCUCAAGUCACUCCGAAAACAGAGACGAGACGCGUCCGAAAGCGAGGCGAAGGUCAUUGACUACGUCGACGAAUUGCGGGAGAAGAUUAUCCAGGUGGACUCGCAUGAAGUGUUGGGUCGCCAGUACUGGGAGCGCGAGAUAUUGGGCAAGGUAUGGCUACUGCGUGCAUUUGUUAGAGGGAUAGAGAUACGAGUAUUGGGUUUUUGGGAUGUAUAG